GGAUGCAUAUGUGAGCGCCGGCGGCGGCGGGCUGCCUUUCCUUCCUUACCGCCAUCAGUGCGAAGCUGCUCGUUGAGAGUCGCGUCUGUACGCGAAGAAGCGACUGAGAACAAGAGGUUAGUGGCGGAGAGAGGGAGAAAGCGGACGUUAAAAGGUGCACGGCUGUGUUUGGCUCAGGGAUUUUCUGGGAUCAUACCAAGAUGGCAGACAUUGACAAUAAAGACCAGGCUGAACUGGACCCUGCGGACAUGGAGGAUGUAGAGGAGGUUGAGGACGAGGAAACUGGGGAGGAUGGCAACAGCAAAGCCCGCCAGCUCACGGUCCAGAUGAUGCAGAACCCGCAGGUCCUGGCGGCUCUUCAGGAGCGACUCGAUGGCCUCGUGGGCUCACCGUCGGGGUACAUCGAGAGUCUACCCAAGGUGGUAAAGAGACGCGUCAACGCUUUGAAGAACCUCCAGGUGAAGUGCACCCAGAUCGAAGCUAAGUUCUAUGAAGAAGUACACGAACUAGAAAGGAAGUACGCUGCCCUUUAUCAGCCGCUCUUUGACAAGCGAAGCGAGAUUGUCAAUGCGAUGUAUGAGCCUACCGAUGAAGAGUGCGAAUGGAAGGGGGAUGAGGAAGAGCAGCUGACAGUAAGUAAGCAGGAAGAAAUGAAGGAGAAGGCCAAAGUGGAGGAAGAGAAAAAAGACGAGGAGAAGGAAGACCCCAAAGGCGUUCCGGAGUUCUGGCUGACCGUCUUCAAGAAUGUCGACCUGCUCAGUGACAUGCUGCAGGAACAUGAUGAGCCCAUUCUCAAGCACUUAGAGGACAUCAAAGUGAAGUUCUCAGACCCUGGCCAACCAAUGAGCUUCACUUUAGAGUUUUACUUUUCGGCCAACGAAUUCUUCACAAACCGAGUGUUAACGAAAACUUACAAGAUGCAGUCGGAGCCGGACGAGGGAGAUCCUUUCUCCUUUGAUGGACCGGAGAUUAUGGGGUGUACAGGCUGCCAAAUCGACUGGACGAAAGGAAAGAACGUCACAUUGAAGACCAUCAAGAAGAAGCAGAAACAUAAGGGUCGCGGGACAGUGAGGACGGUCACCAAGACUGUCCCAAACGAUUCCUUUUUCAACUUCUUUUCCCCACCAGAAGUUCCAGAGAAGGGGGAGUUGGAUGAGGACUCGGAGGCCAUCCUCGCGGCCGACUUUGAGAUCGGACACUUCCUCCGUGAGCGCAUCAUUCCGAGAGCCAUCCUGUACUUCACAGGCGAAGCCAUCGAGGACGACGAUGACGACGAUUAUGAUGAAGAAGGCGAGGAGGCUGAUGAGGAGGAGGGUGCUGAGGAGGCAGACGAGGAGAACGAUCCAGACUAUGAUCCCAAGAAGGACCCCAACCCACCAGCCGAAUGUAAACAGCAGUGAACGUCGUGGCUUUGAGGAUCGUCUGCACUGUAAUGGCUUCUCACACAAGUUAAAUAUCGCCUUAUAAUGUUUUGUAUUCUUGGUAGAAAUUAAAGGAAUUAAAUUUUUUUUGUUACAAAACUCAUGGGGGGCGAGUUCCAAGCAGUGGCUCAUUCUGCAUAGUAUUUUACUAGACUGUCUGUACAAAUAGAAUGGCGUAAAUCCCUCUUUAAAAGGCAUGAAUGUCCAUUGCUAAAUAUUUGGAUUCUUGUGAAGUCUCGUUGUAUCUCUUGGACAGCAGCUGUAGGGAAGUACGAAGUGGUAAGGGGCAGGUGCGGGGGGUGGGGGUGAUGUGUUGUGACCUGUUCCUUGCCCCAAAUAACCAACCAAAGCAAUAUACACCCUGGAAGGUUGUGAGCGUCUCUGCACGUAUUCGUGCCCUUGUCGGUUUGAUAUGUGUAGUUUUUGUGACACCCAAAAUUUUCACCCUGUACCUUGUGAGAUGGCGGCUUCUCGGUGAGCCCCUUUCGGCUCCAUCCCGCCAUGUAACGCGGAAUUAGAGAAACCCCCGUCGUACCAUUCUGGGGCAUCCGUGGUGUUGGUGGCCUGCCGUUUUCUCCUUCCAUUCAUACAUUCCAGUAUGCAGAUGGCAAAAAAACACCUGGAUUACUUCUGAUCCCUUUUUGCUUUCUUUAGUAAAUUUCAAAUGGAAAGAGAUGGAGACAGUCAACAGACAUGAUCAAGUUGCGUUCCGUUUUAUCUGAAGGUUGUGUGUCAUGGUAUUAUGUAAGUUUUGUCUUGGUGUCUGCCAUAGUUAACUAGGCACUCUUCUCCGUAGCACUUGGUACACCGUGUGUCAUUUGUGUCCUCUGUGAAGCACUUCUAACAGAGGAGAUGUGAACCCUCCUUUAACUGUCAGCUGACGUCCUGCCACGUAGAACUCCUUGUCUACAGCAUAACUCAAGUGCUUAAAGCCUGGUAGAUCAGGUCCCCACCCCCCACGACUUGCCCAAAAAGAGUCGUGUACAGGACACUUGUAUGUCUCAGGCUAAGAGAAUGUUUAAAUAACAAACCAAAUGUUACCCAGUGACAGUGUUGGCUGUGUUUAGGCAUUUAUUAUCUUUUUUUUUUUUUUACAUUUUGGCAGAGUUGGGUGGAUCUGGUUGCGGCUGUUUUUUGUUCAUUUCCUUUUCCAGUCUCCCUCUGUGGGCAGGUAGAAGCCUCCACCCCCUUCCAGCUUGAUUGGAUCUCAAAGGCAGGCUGAAGGAAAUCUGGUCUUGUGGGAUUUUGUAGUUACCUGACUUUGGGGUGAACCGCCGUUCCCCGGUUUAAAAUCUGUCACCUGCUCCAUCCACGUGCAGAGCCAUUGGUCAUGGUGAUUAAACUGCCGUUCUGCAGGAUUUCCCCAAUGCUGCGUAAGCUCAGUGGCAGACUGUCAUUUGGUGUUAUGGAUCCUACUUGGAUCCUUCUGAACAGCUGUUGUAAAAGCAAAACGCUAUGCUAUAAAAUUCAAAUGUACUCUUAACUACGUGUAUUAUGUAUUCCUGAAUAAAUUGAUUAAGCCUG